UGCRCCUGAACAAGGCUGUCAACCCACUGUUCCUAGGCCGUCAUUGUAGAUAAGCAUUUGUUCUUAACUGACUUGCCUAGUUAAAUAAAUUUAAGAAAGAACACUUWUUUUUWUUUWWUUUUUUAACAAGCAUUCAAACAUAAGUUGGAUGUAUUUCAUUGCAGAGGAAAGAGCCAUGCAUAUAAAUGUGGGGAUUUAACAUGCAGGGCUGAUACUAUGAAAUGCAUUUAAUGUUCUCAAUGUUUUUUWGUUUUUUUAAAUARUGUGUAAUUUGAUUAAAUCAAACAUCCAAUGGAACCAUUUGAAAAUUUGUCACGGAUUAUACAUUUCACACCUCCAGCUAGGGCUGCCAACACAGCAGGGAAAAAAUGGGGCGGGGAGGGGGACACCAAGCCUCAAAUUGACAUGUCAUGACAAGGCAGAAGGACCGGUUUGUCUAAAGCAACAGUAUUUGACUGGUUCACGCUGCACCACAGAUAAUAUGAUGACGUUAUCCGGCGUAAAUGGAGCAACAGCUUGAGCUAGCUAGCUGUAUGUACCUGCAAAUUCAGCGAACUAGCAGCUAGCUAACCUUAGCUAGUUAGCCUGCCAAGGAAAGCAAUGGCUUGAUUACAGCAUUUAGCUAGCAAAUAACAGAUAUCUAGCUGCUAGUUUAGAUAGGAAUAGGUGCUGAUUGCAAACGUGGAUUUCCAACAUGUGGUGCACAUAGCACGUAUUUMAACAUUUAUACGACUUUUAUGCAUUUACAUUUAAUCUUUUGUCGAGCAAARCCCCAAACACAGCGGGCCACAAAUGGAACCAGGGAGUUCGCGUGAAAGUCCAUCCGGCUCUGGGGGUCCCGAAGUGGCGGGCCUACGUGAGGAGACCCCRGGCGAAGAGGCUGAGGAUGGGGACAACUGCAUCCUGAAAGGAGGAGGAGAUGGAGGCAACGAAAACACUCUGGACAAGAUGAAAACAGAACGUAAGGAUGACGCUGUUACUGGGAAAAAUAUUGAGGAUGCCGAUGAAGGCAAAUAUGAAGAGGAAUUGGACCCUAGAAUUCAGGAGGAGCUAGAGCACCUGAAUCAGGCCAGUGAUGAGAUCAACAAGCUGGAACUGCAACUGGAUGAUGCUAGGUCCAGCUACAGGAGGAUCCUCACUGACUCAGCCAGGAAGCUCAAUGCUCAGGGCUCCCAGCUAGGCACCUGCAUCGAGAAGGCCAGGCCCUACUACGAAGCCCGCAGACUAACCAAAGAGGCCCAGCAGGAGACGCAGAAGGCAGCGUUGCGGUACGAGAGAGCCGUCUCCAUGCAUACGGCUGCCAGAGAGAUGGUGUACGUGGCAGAGCAGGGGCUCCUGGCAGACAGGAACACUCUGGACCCCACCUGGCAGGAGAUGCUCAACCACGCCACCUCCAAGGUGAACGAGGCAGAGGAGGAGCGGCUGCGGAGCGAGAGGGAGCACCAGCGGGUCACUCAGCUGUGCCAGGAGGCAGAGCAACGUGUCCAGACGCUCCAGAAAUCCCUGAAGAGGGUCAUCGUCAAGUCAAAACCUUACUUUGAGCUCAAGGCUCAGUUCAACCACAUACUAGAGGAGCACAAGGCGAAUGUGGUGCAGCUGGAAGAACGUGUCGCAAAGGUGAAGAUGCGCUACUCCGUCGCCCUGCGCAACCUGGAGCAAAUCAGCGAGCAGAUCCAUGCUCAGAGGGGGCGUGUCCAAGCCACCAGGGCCCACCCCGUAGCCUGCGGUGGGCGGAGCUCCCCGGUGGGGGCGGAGGCUGAGGUCAAAGCUGCGGUCGGGGUUCAGGUUGGAGGAGCCUGUGGCGGAGGAGGAGGCUUGGAUGAGAAGGACUGGGCUGAUGGAGAGAAGACCAGGCAGUGGGUGGAGAGACACAGAGAGCAGGGCUGGGGUCACAGGGAGAGAAACAGAGAGCAGGGCUGGGGUCACAGGGAGAGGGGGGAGGCAGGGUCAGACUCCAUGUCUGACAUUAGCCUCCAGACCAUCGCCUCAGACCUGGGGAAGUGUGACUCGGUGGGGCACCUGGGGGAUCUGAGUGACGUGAGCAGCCUGAUGGGAGAGGACUGGGAGAGGGAGAGGUCCUUGAUAGCUGAGAACAGAGACGGGAACCCCAGGGCAGAGGAGAGAGUUGUGAGGGACGUUGUCAUCCCCACUCCAAGGCAGGAUAGAUUGGAGGAGGUGAGGGGGGCGAUAGGGAGAGAGAGACAGGAGAGCUUUGUCAAGCAGCACCACAGAAGUGUGAGUUUGUGAGUCCAGAAGAAUAGAAUGGACCGGUGAGUGAUGAUGAGGGAUCAAAUAAAGGAAUGAAAUCAGAAGGUCAAGAUCAAAGAAAAGACAUGGAGAUUGUAGAAGUUCUUUGUGGUAUUGACACUGAGACUGAGUCCCAAAUGGCUCCCUAUAUAGUGCACUACAUUUGACCAGAGCCCCCAUAGUUAAUAGGGUGUCAUUUGUGACACUGCCUGCAUCCUUGUGACACUGCCUGCAUCCUUGUGACACUGCCUGCAUCCUUGUGACCCUGCCUGCAUCCUUGUGACACUGCCUGCAUCCUUGUGACCCUGCCUGCAUCCUUGUGACACUGCCUGCAUCCUUGUGACCCUGCCUGCAUCCAUGUGACACAGCCUGCAUCCAUGUGACCCUGCCUGCAUCCUUGUGACACUGCAGAGGGGAGUAGCAGGGAGGAGGGUGGCUGGUGCAUCAUGAAUAACAAUGUGAGACAGACUGUGUGUGCGCGUGAGAGAGAGAGAGAAGAAGAAGUGUUAGGUGAUUCACUAGGUCCCUGUGGGAAUUGUAGUUCUCUCACUCUGAUCUGUCUAUUGUUCAACACAGUAACGAUAUCGGUGACCUGAGAAUGCCAACGCAUGACAAAUCCACUGAGGCCAAGCUAGUCUAAACACAGUGCUGAAUGUAGAUGCAGAGACAACAUAACUUAGGGCAUACACUUACUCUACUGACCGUUUCACAUGCGGGAGAAAUUUACGCAGCAAAGCUUAUUUUAUCAAUGCUAUUUUUAUAUUGACUUUAGUCCCUGAAUUAAUGCCCUUUUCCAAAUUGAUUGAAUUACCACAUAAUUGUUUUUUUUAGCUCGUCCUUGGGAUUAACACAAGGCGUUAAUGCAAGCGAUACUGCUCUCUCUCCCUCUUGAGUAGAAAUACAAAAAAGGAAUAUGAUUAUCAUAUUUUAAACACCUUCGGAUAAGAAGUUAAUAAAAA